AUGUUUGUUUCUUUGCUGCUAUGGAUAGGAGUAAUUGCCAGUGCCACAGCUGCCCCUUCACCAAUAUACGUUCAGCAUGAGAAACGAUAUCUUGUGCCUCAGGGAUGGCAGAAAGCUGAAAGGCUCAAUGCUGCGGACAAACUUCCCAUGCGGAUAGCUCUGACACAACCCAACCUCAAGGAUGGCUAUCAACAUAUCAUGGACGUCUCUCAUCCAGACUCUCCCAACUUCGGAAAGCAUUGGAGUGCAAAGAAGGUAGCAGAGACGUUUGCUCCAAAGCAAGAAUCGGUCGACGCUGUCUUGGAAUGGCUUCAAGGUGCCGGUAUCUCACCAGAUAGAGUGUCACGGUCUCAAUCACUUGGUUGGCUGCAGUUCGAUGCUUCGGCACUGGAAGCUGAAAGUCUGCUAAGGACGAAGUAUCAUAUGCAUCGACAUGAGACUGGCAAACCCCAUAUUGCUUGUGACUCGUAUCAUAUCCCACAGCAUCUUCAGCCACACAUUGAUUUCAUCACCCCGACAAUCCAUUUCGAUACGAAGAUACCCCAAGCCAACAUCAAACGGCAAGAAACCACCAGUAGCACCGCGGCAGCUGGCGUGCCCGUUCGAACGAAAGCUGCCCUGCAAGUCGGAAAGCCAUACCAGGAUGGCUCUCUUCCUAAGAAGGGUGCCGAUAUCAAUAUCGGAGAGAUUCUAGACGAGUUACGGACGUGCAAUACACACAUUACUCCUAACUGUUUGCGAGCACUUUACCGGUUUCCACCAAAUUUUGCAGCCGCCCGAGGGAAUAGCUUUGGUAUUGUCGAAUAUACACCACAGUCCUUCCUUCAAAACGAUCUCGAUCUCUUCUUUGCGAAUUUCUCCACACGCCAAAGACAAAAGACUCCUGAUACUAAAUUGAUCGACGGUGCCAUAGUGCAGAUUACGCAACAAGGAUUUGCCUUCAAUGCAGAAUCAGACUUGGAUCUGGAGUACGCUAUGGCUCUUGUUAAUCCUCAAAACGUCACAUUAUAUCAGGCGGGUGACCUUGUGGAAGGAGCGUCGUUCAACAACUUUUUAGACGCCAUUGACGGAGAGUACUGCACCUUCGACGGCGGAGAUGAUCCACUUCAAGACGCUACCUUUCCAGACAAUGCAACAGGAGGAUACAAAGGCCCUCGGAAUUGUGGUGGUUUCGCUUCCACUAAGGUCAUAAGUACAUCAUACGCCUACAACGAGGCCGAUUUGACCGCCAAAUACGAGCAACGUCAGUGUGCUGAGUAUAUGAAGCUUGGUCUCCAAGGGACCUCCUUCUUCUUCUCAUCCGGUGAUUACGGUGUAGCCGGCAACGGUGGCCAGUGCAUUUCGAACAUUACGACCAACAGCACAUCGAACGCUACCGUGCUCAAUGACGGUAGAUCAGGCAAAUUCAACCCGUCAUUCCCGUCGACAUGUCCAUUUGUCACAUCAGUCGGCGCAACGCAGAUAGUUCCAGGUGGUGCUGUCACUGACCCAGAAGAAGCCUGCGAAACGACAAUCUUCUCAGGAGGUGGCUUCUCCAACGUCUUUCCUCUGCCCCAGUACCAAUCCACAGCCGUCUCUAAUUACUUCGGUAAUUACAACCUCACGUAUGGCGCUUCGCAAUUCAACAACUCACGGCACACGAGAGGCUUUCCCGACAUAUCUGCCAACGGUGCGAACUACGUUACAGCAGUCGAUGGAGCAUUCACGCUGAUCUUCGGCACCUCCGCGUCUACGCCGGUAGUGGGGAGUAUCUUCACAUUGAUCAAUGAGGCUAGAUUUGCCCUUGGCAAGGGGAGUAUCGGCUUUGUCAAUCCGACACUUUACGCACAUCCGGAGGAUUUGAACGACAUUACAAAGGGUGGUAAUCAAGGAUGCGGUACCCCUGGGUUCGAGAGUGUGGCGGGUUGGGACCCAGUUACAGGCUUAGGAACGCCCAACUUUCCAAGGUUGUUGGCGAGAUUUCUAUCGCUGCCUUGA